GUCUGCCCCCUUCCCUUGGCGUAUAAAAGAAAAUGUCCCGUGUCGUUCUCCUCCGUUCUUGCGCCAUCUCGCGGCUGGACAGGGGAGGGGCGCCGAUCUCCAUCUGGCGAGCAGAGCAGGGCAGGGGAAGGGGAUCCUGGUUCUCAGCGUGUGUGAUGUGAUCCAGCUUGGGGGAGGAAGAGCUUGUUGGCCUCUUGGCAUUGCGGUCUCCUGGACCCAGAUCUUGAUGCAACUGCCGACUACUUUUUUUUUUUUUACUGAUAGAGGUGGUCUGGUUGGGUUCUUGACCUGAUUUUGUGGGGGCUUUGCCACCACGCAAGGGAGGCAGUUUGGCCUGGAUCUUUAUCACUAGCUGUUGGUCAUGUCCUUUGAGCUAGCAAGCAUUCACAUGGCAGUGGCCGCCGGUUUGGUACAUUCUUGAUGGGUUAAGUGCUGUGGGUUUGUUGUGGAGUUCUCUUCCUGGUUCCCAUUUGGGGUGGACGGUAUGUGUUGAAGGGAAAGGGGCAGAGAUAGAAAGAGCAAAAAGAAGAUAGGAGUUCUUCGGUUAAUUGUUUUUUUCAGUACGGCGCAAUGAAGCAUAUGAAACUUGGAUCAAAGCCAGACCUCUUCCAGACAGAAGGCGGCAAUAUCAGGUUUGUUGCAACGGAACUGGCAACAGACAUUGUUAUUUCCAUAGGAGAUGUCAAGUUUUGUCUUCACAAGUUUCCUCUUUUGUCAAAGAGUUCCUGCCUGCAAAGAUUAGCUGCUUCAAGCAAUGUGGAAGGCAAUGAAGAGUUGGAUAUUUCUGACAUCCCUGGUGGACCUUCAGCAUUUGAAAUCUGUGCUAAGUUCUGCUAUGGAAUGAUUGUAACACUCAAUGCGUAUAACGUUCUUGCUGCUCGCUGUGCAGCUGAGUAUCUAGAAAUGUUUGAAACCAUUGAGAAAGGAAACCUCAUUUACAAAAUUGAUGUCUUCUUGACAUCAAGCAUAUUUCGUGCCUGGAAGGAUUCAAUCAUAGUACUGCAGAGCACAAAGUCAUUGCUACCUUGGUCUGAAAAUUUGAAAGUAAUCAACCAUUGCAUUGACUCAAUUGCAUCGAAGGCAUUAAUUGAUCCAUCAGAGGUCGAGUGGUCAUACACAUACAACAGAAAGAAACUGCCAUCAGAGAAUGGCCACGAUUCUCAUUGGAAUGGUGUCAGGAAGCAAUUGAUAGUCCCUAAGGACUGGUGGGUUGAGGACCUUUGUGAUCUCGAGAUGGAUUUGUACAAGCGGGUGAUCAUGAUGAUAAAAGCAAAGGGAAGAACAUCGCCUAUAGUGAUUGGUGAGGCGCUGAGAGCCUAUGCAUACCGCAGGCUGCUGGGUUCCCUAGAAGACGCUGUGAGCAAUGGAGUUGAUUGCACUAAACGCCGUGCCGUGCUUGAAACCAUCAUAUUUCUGCUUCCCACUGAGAAAGGCUCCGUGUCAUGUGGUUUUCUUCUUAAGCUUCUCAAAGCUGCAUGCUUGCUGGAGGCUGGGGAGUCUUGUCAUGAUAUCUUGAUCAAGAGAAUAGGCACACAAUUGGAUGGUGCUUCUGUUUCGGACCUCCUUAUACCGGCAAACACUAGCGAAAACACGUUAUAUAAUGUAAACCUGAUCAUUGCAAUAGUGGAGGAGUUUGUUUCGCGACAAAGUGAUACUGGCAAGAUGAAAUUUCAAGAUGAUGAUGAGAUUGUGGAGGUUGAGAACCUUACUCCUGUUUCCAGCACCUCAAAUCUGGCUGUUGCAAAUCUUAUUGAUGGGUAUCUUGCUGAGAUUGCUAAAGACACCAAUCUUCCCCUUUCAAAGUUCAUCGCAAUUGCUGAAAUGGUGCCCCCUGCAUCCCGCAAAAAUCACGAUGGUCUAUAUCGUGCCAUUGACAUGUAUCUCAAGGAGCACCCCAGCCUAUCAAAGAGCGAAAAGAAAGCAUUAUGCAGAUUGAUGGAUUGCAAGAAACUGUCCCAGGAUGCGUGCCUGCACGCCGUGCAGAACGAGCGCCUUCCUCUGCGUGUGGUUGUGCAGGUUCUCUUCUUUGAGCAAAUUCGGGCAUCAGCCGCUUCGGGGCGGACCGAUGCCGCAGCAGAGCUCACCUCUGCUGUACACUCACUACUCCCCAGAGAGAAUGGAAACUCCUAUGGCAGCUCCAGGUCAGCGGCCACCACGACAACCGAGGAGGACGGGACCGGGGUCCCGACCUCCAGCGACAUCAACUCGUUCAGUUCACUGAGGCUGGCCAACAACAGCGGGGGCAGCGAGAGGAGCAGUGGCAGCAGCGACAUCAACAACAAGAGCUGUGACGACAAGAGCUCCAGCAAGUCCAAGGGAUCGCUCAUGCCCAAGAAGAUCCUGAGCAAGCUCUGGUCCGGGAAAACAAACGCCAGCGAGAACAGUAGCUCGGACACGUCGGAGAGCCCUGGGUCACUCAACCCGGAGGAGGUGAAGUCCACAACGUCCAGGAAUACAAGGCGUUUGGUAACCUAGUGUCAACAGAGCCAGCCAUGGUUUUUGUUUUUGUUUCUUUUUUGGCUUUGAUUUGCCUUCAGAUGAGAUAAAAAAAAGUAGUACUAGCAAUCUUUAGAAUGUGGAAUACUACUGACUGGCAGUCCCUCCGAUGGCAGAUAGUGUUUUUUAUAGCAUUGUUAUUAUGCUGGCAUUUGCUAUAGGUUUGGUCAUCGGUAAAUUUGUUCAGGAACGUUUCAUGAUAUAGUCUUGUAAUUUUUUUGGUGGAAAUAUAAAGAUAAAGGAAGGAAAGAUCUUUUAUUGACCAGUUUUCA